UAUUUUAUUCUCUUCUCAACAAAAAACAGAUGAAAGGAAACUGGAUGUUGCACAGUUUUCAAAAACGGAGAUCGUCUUGGCAUCUAAAGUUCUUACUGAUAAUGAACAUGAAGCAUGCAUACCACGGGAGAAAAAUCCAACACUCCCUGGUAGAAAACAAGAUGAAUCAGCUUCAUUUAAGGAUAAAAAGAGGAAAAGUAAGAUGAAGGGGUACAUUUCUUCUACUCUUUGGCCUAUUGAAAAAGUGGAGGCAACUGCUGAAAACGAUUUGUGGGUUCUGAUAGGUGAUAAUGCGUGUGUUACAAGCAAGGUUUCAGGUUCAGAAUCUGCAUCUGAAGUUGAAAAGAACUUUCAACACAAUAAGGAGAUAAAACCGGAGGAGAUAUCUGGUGAUGAACAUUCUCCGACUAACAGCAGAAUACUUAGAUAUAGAAGAAAAGGGAAGGAAAAAGCUUCAUCUGAUGGAGAUGUUAAAGGAAUGAUGUCCCAAGAAGAGGAUGACAGCCAUGAAAGUGCUGAAAGUUGUAAUUGUGCUGGAUUAUUCUGUGCAGGCAAAAAACGAGGGGGCUUUGAGCAACAGUUGAUUGUGGGGAGCAAACGACUGAAAAAGCAAAUGGGUGAAAGCCCUUGUUCCUCGUUACUUGUAAAAGAAGACAGCAUGAACUGGAUAUCAAAUAUGAUGAAAGGAUUUAUGAAAUCGAAAGAUGAGGCACCAUCUUUGACGCUUACUGUUGCAAAUCCUAACCAGUCACAUGAGAUUCCUGUCAGGAAUCUUGAUGCAACUGAUAAGAGCCAAGAUCCUGGGUGCAGAUAUAUUGGGUUUCAAUCUUUUUUCCACUCGAUGUAUUCACCAAAAACUAUGGUCCAAGAAACAAUACAAAAUGAAAACAAUCGAACUGGAGUUGAGCAAACUGACAAGAUUUGUGACAGUGAUGCUACUCCAAUCGCCUGCCAUGCAGAAAUUUUUAACUUACAUAAAGUAUCUCUGCUAUCAAAUGAAAGAUUAGAAGAACCAAUUUCUAGUGGUAGAGCAGGUUCACCAGCCCAGCUGAAGAUUUCAUCGGUGAAUUUUUCUACCGGUAAGAGCACUGAGGGAAAUUCUUCAGAGAAUGAGAAUCCGUGCAACUUGGCAGUGAACGUGGAGAAAGAUAGAGCAAGCUCUAGUUCUUUAUUGGGUAAACGAAGGGCGAUGAAUUCUGAAAACAUCAAUUCUGACUCACCAUCUGAGGGAAAGACGGUUCAUAACAUUAGUUCCAAAAGCAACCUUCUAGGGAGCUUGUGGAUAACUCGGUUUACUCCGAAGCCUUCUAGCUCCUUGCUGAACUAUGAUAACAGUGGUGUCGUUGAGUGCUCAAGUGACUGCGUGAAGAUUACUCCCUGAUCCAAUGUGAAUGUUUCUAGCAACCUCAAGAUUGUGGAGGCUAAGCGGCAAUGUGUCGAAGAGACACUAAUCGGUUCUGGUAAAGAAUUACCUUCUGAUACUCAAAUUAAGGCAUCCAUUAGGUUCAAGGAAAUUAUAGUUCAAAAUGACCAGAAAUCCAAACGUAAUGUGAUCCCUAUUUUACCCUCUUCUAAAAUAAAAGAUUCAGAAGUGAUGGCUUCUCUUUUUGCUAGAAGAUUAGAUGCCCUCAAACACAACAUGCCUUAUGGUGUAUCGGACAAUACAACUUCAACUAUCAUCUGUUUCUUUUGUGGAAGAAAAGGCCAUCAUUUUCAAUUUUUUCCGGAGAUAACAGAUAAUGAGAUUGAAGAUCUUCUGAGGAAUAUGAAGUCUUCUAAUAAAUUGGAAGAAGUAACUCGUGUGUGCAUUAGAUGCUUUGGGCUUGAUCAUUAGGCUGUUGUGUGUCCUACCACGUCGAGAUGUCAACACCAAUCAGUCUGUAUAGCUUCUUUGGCUAAUCUCAGUGGACUGCAUUGUUAUGCAGGAUUUGAAGAGAAUAAGAACCUUGUAGAAUACAGUCAAGAAGCUAUUGAUCCAACAACAAUUCAGGGUGGGAUCGAUAAUGGGUAAGGCCCCGAUACUAGUUAUGGGGUUAAUGCGGACAAAAUGAGAUCAAACACAAAUGAGAAUAAGAAACAUGUAUAUUCUAGUUUGAAGGAAAAUGAGUAAAAAGAAAACCAGAUGACAUCUUGGGGUAAUACGAUCAAUCAGCAGGUUUCAGAUAGGACAAAGACAAUCUUCGAUGCUGUUAGGUUGCUUCGUUUGUCACGAACAGACAUCCUGAAGUGGAUGAAUUCACAAAUACCACUCUCGCAUCUUGAAGGGUUUUUCCUGCGUUUGCGGCUUGGGAAAUGAGAGGAAGGAUUAGGAGGAACUGGAUAUUAUGUUGCCUGUUUAACUGGCAUGACAUUGAGCAGAUUGUGGUAUUUCAUGCUUGUUUGGUUGUUUAUUCUUUUAAUACUAAGAUUAUUUUCAGAUUGUUAUUUAAGUUUCUGUCUCAUUUGGACGCACUUAUUUAUGCAUAAAUCAUGCAAAGACAUUUUCCCUGUUUUCUCUUUGUUUAUUUUUUGCAUAUUAAUUUCCUUCUAAAUACACAGGGUCACACGCACAAGGGACAGGGCAAAAGACCAAUAAUUCUGUUUCCGUUAAUAUAGGGGGAUGAAAUGCUUUGUCGAAAGCCAAUACAUCUCCAACCACAGUUUUCUUGAGGAUGAGCUUAUGUCAUGGUUGCAUUCAACUGCAAGAAGUGGUGGCAAGAUCCCAUCUGAGGAACAACUGGCAAUGACAGUUGAAGAAAGAAGAAUGAAAGGCUUUUAGGCACCAUAUGUUUUUUCCCCUGUUUCAGCAAUUGAUUUGUACCAUACUUAUGAGGUGCUGUAU